AUGCAGGGACAGGGACUGGAUUGGCCACCAGCUGCUCCCUGGACCCUCGCACCCCCCACCGCAGACCGCCCCUCCCUCUUGGUGACACCCUCUUGUCCCCACAGACUGGACAACAUGCCGGCCCUUUAUGCCACCUGUCCAUCAGCUCCAGUGCACCUCGGGGAGCCCCUGUCACUGAGCUCGGAGUUGCCGAUCAUUGGCUUUGUUCACAUUCUGCCCCCCCCCUACGUCCUGGCCCUCUCGCUGCUGUCCUUUAUAAAUACAGACACACUGAACAUUGGAUUGCCUCUGUCAGCUAUUUCCUACAUCUGCCUUCAGGCACAAAGCUCCCAUCACUGUUGCAAGUAUGUCACCACCUGUCUGAUCAGACCCAAACCUGGAAUGCAGAUGUGA